AUGCCGUCAGCUUCCGAGAAAGCGAAAGCGAAGCUCGAUGCAGUGUUGAACGAUCCGGGGCGACACGAUAGCUCCCAUCUUAAAAAUCGCUAUGCGACGACACGAUAUGCUACAGGCUGCGGCGUGGUUAACUCUGUCCCACGUCGGCCCAGCCAGAGUAGCAUAGAGAGCGACAGCGGUAGUCCGAGGAAUAGGCUCAAGCGGCUCCUUUCAUUACCAGCAUACUAAAUGGAAAUUGCCAAGAAAAACAACAUGAGAAACAAAAGAGAGAGAGAAACGAUUAGUGGCUAAGGCAUUUAGUUUAUGUUAGGUAGUUCUGCGAUCAAUGAAAUAUGCGGCCCUCGUCGAUACGCUCUAUAGGCUCGCUUGCCACACAACGUUUGUGCAGGCUUAGCCCGAUAUUAAAUCGAUACUGGCAGGGAAGAAUAUCAUGUCGAAGUUGUACAUACGUGUGGAUCUAUUAUUGAGAACAAUCUCGUAAUAGACCAUUUCAAUACAAUACUGGUUUGCCAUUAUGUACCUAUUUUUAAACGACAUGCAGUAGUACGGAUAGGUAGACGUUGUGAUGCAGUAGUGGAAAAGGGUUUUUGAAUAGAGUAGAGUCAAUUACAAUAGGGU